AUGGCGACUGGACGACACGCUGCUAAGCCCACUGCGCACAAAUUAAAUAAUUCAAGUACCAGUUCGCCCAGUAAAGCGACUAAAGCAAAAGAUUUGAAACAUAAUGAUGAUAAGAACAAGGAGGACGAAAUAGAAACCGAAGAACAAGUAGAGUUGAAGGACAUUAUGGUUAUGAUGAAAAAUAUGAUGAGAAAGCUAGAGAAGUUGGAUCUUAUUGAAACUAAAGUGAAGUCAGUCGAGCAAGAGCUGAGAAGUAUGAAAGAUUCAAUAGAAUUUGCGCAUUCAGAAGUUAAAGAUUUGAAAAGCGACAACGAAGAACGCAAAAAAACCGGACGAGCUAACGAGACAACAAAUAGAAAAAUUGGAGAAAGGAAAUGA